AUGCGCUUUGUGCCGGGUUGGGAUGAUAAAGCACGCGAAGAGCUCGCGUGGUGUGGCAAGCACUCAGAGAAACCAGUACUCUGCACUUACGGACCUGGUUACUCCUUGGGCACACCGUAUUCCGAGAUUCCCCAAGGCAACGUCCCGGUGAGCAUGAACUGUGCGAACACCUUCGACUCGGAUGGAAUCCUGUUGAUCAAGGCGAGGGAGCUCAAGGCGCCGCUGUCGGAGCCCACGAAGCAUUACUUCUGGGGCGCCCAGUUCUCGUUCUCCUCGGCAGAGGUCCUGUGUGAGGUGCCAUAUGAUCCGCAGCUCCAGAUGCUGUUCUUUGGCGAAGAGAUAUCAAUGGCCGUGCGUCUGUACACACAUGGCUGGGAUGUCUAUGCUCCCAAAGAGAACCUGUUCUUUCAUCUUUGGGAAAGGGAUUACCGGCGAGUGUACUGGAAGGACAACAGGGCACUCUUCGCCUCUCUGCUCAAGGCGUCGCAGUGCCGCCUUCACGGCCUGCUGGACGGCAAAGCUCCCGGCGACGGCAGAGCAUGGCCGUUGCCAGGCGGCCUGAGAUCCAGCGGCGAUGCCUUUGGCCUCGGAAGUCACCGACCUCUGGAAACCUACGAG